CUAGAUGUAUACAUCAUGUUGGUGUAACAUUGUCACAUGGUUUUCAUUAAAUUAUACACAUAUUUAAUUUAGUUAGUUGGCGAGAUCUACACAAAUAUCAAAAUCAGUCGAUCUACUAUUUUUUCCUAAUACCUGGCCUACUUACUUAAAUAAACACCACCAUCAAGAGAAAGAUCCAAGAACACACCUAACCAAAAAAUACGAUCAUUUUUGGAGCCAUGAGCACUAGGAAGAUCCACGGGGGCUACGAAAAGCUCGGGGAAGAAGAAACUAGUUUGAAGAGUGUCUGGAGCGUUCCGGGUAGUGUUUCUGGUAAUUCAAGAAACCCGAUUCAAGAGGUGAAGAAGGCGCCGAUAGUGACACAAACCGGUGGUUCUGUUCAUCCUUUGCUAAGUUUCUUGGACGUUCAUUUCCAAAAGAAGAAGAAGAAGACAAAGAAGAACUUGGCGACGGCAAAACCUGAGUUUGCUAGGUAUAUGGAGUAUUUGAAGGAAGGAGGUGUAUGGGAUCCUAAUUCUAACGCACCUGUGAUUCAUUACAAAUAGUUUGGGUGAAUGAAGAUGAAUAAAGACGUUUGCAUAUUUUUUGAAUAAUCUAUGAGGAAACAAAUAACAACUAGUGAUCGGAUUUAAAAGGGAUCAAACUAUGAAUUUGUCAUGUAUGACGAGUUAUUUUCUUAAGAGCA